AAUAUGUCAAGGUUUGAGUUCACACGUGCCAAUUUUUAUUAUUUAAUUUAAUUAUAGGACGACUGCUCAGCUGUUUAGGAGCACUUUGAUAUUAAAUGGCGGACGAAGAAUGCGUUGAAGGUUUGUAUGAUUACUCACUCCGUUAUAAAAUGAUCUAGGAUCCUUGUCAAAACAAUAAUUGUUUAUUAGUGAAUUACUAAGUAGUGGACAGCAGUGCAAACUAUGUUUCAUGGUUUAUAUAUUUUGAGCUGCUGAGUGUGAAGCUUAUAUCGACUGACAAUCAUUUUGUUAUUAUGCUUAAUACAGUCAACUCUCUCUUAACGGACACCUCUAUAAGACGGACAUCUCUGUAAAACGGGCACCUAGAGUUGGCCACUAGACAUAUACCUAUUAAACACGGACAUUCUGUGCCGGUGCCAGAGGAGUCUGUCUCAGAGAGAGUUGACUGUAUUUCAAAUGUGAAACCAUUUUAGCUUUGUAAUCUUUUUUAGCAUUUUAAUGCGACAUGACUUAUCUCUCGGCCAGUAGACAGUUUUGUUUACAUACAGGGUAGCUUCACAGUCGUUACAAAGGGAACCUUAGUUGCCUUUGGCUUUUGAAGCCAGUGACAAUUCAGAUUUUGACUUGGUUAAAAAAGAAGUAAGAGUUGAUUUUGCUGAUGAUACAAAGUUGCUCAAAACUCAUGGAAGUUUUGCAUGGACCAUUAUUUUAUUCAACAAACUAAGUCUGUAUUUUUUCUUUCUUUUUCCCCUCACUGCUGGUUUUUUCUUAGUUUCCAACAAGGAGUACAAAAAAGGCAAAAAUAAUAUAACAAUGUUAUCGAAUGAAUGCUGAUCUUACGGCUUUAUAGUUGACUGCCUGGAUCUUAAUAAAAGUGGAGUUUUGAGUCGCUUUCCUCUCAGGAGUCCAAUAGGAAAUUGACAAAUCAAUGAACAGCUGGUUUUCCCACUGAAAUCAUAUGAUGUGUAAACAGUGCCUUGCACACUCCAGAUUUGUCACUUGACUGAAAACUGUUAACAUUUUUAGCACGUUUAGCAUUUAAGGGGGAAAUGGGCUGAGCGAAUUAGUGAAUCCCAACUAAAGCAAAGAAUUUAAGAGCUCAAAAAUUGAUCUUAUCCAGGAGAUUUUACAACCCAUACAGGAGACAGGGGGAUUUGUGCCAUAUGUGGGAGACAGAUAAUCCAGGAGAAUUAGAAUAUAUGACCUUGGUGUGUUCCCAAACUGCAGAUUAAUUUCUGGCUCUUUAUUAAUUUGUGCCCUAAUUGCCAUCACUGACAAGUACAUAGAGGGGUAGUUUCAAACAUUUUUGGAGUAAGGAAUUUACUCGUACUCUGUAGUAGCGAAAAUUGAAAGCUAGGGUGCAGGAUAGUUUAUACAUUAUGCACAGAUCUUACAGUGAUUUACGUUUACAAAUUCCAUCAAAUUGACCUCAAUGUUAAGCAAGUAUUAAAAUCUUUGCAUAUGGCACUCGCAGAGGUUGAACUAGGAUUAAGUUGAUCAUUCCAUAAAAACUUAGCACAUUAAUUUUAUAAAAGGCACUUUAACAGAAUCAUCGUAGCAGAAUAAGACUCAGUUGAGAUCAGUGUCACUCAGGAUAUUAAGGUUAUGGUUUGCUUUGAAUCUUAAAUUCUUUUUUAUCCUCAACUUUUAAUAAGAUCUUGCAAGGUGUUGCAUACAUGUUGAUUUUUGCAUUAAGGUUCUGGAGGUGAAGAAAUGGAGAUCUAUGACAAUGAUGAAGGUGAUGAUGAUAGUGAUGGUGGCAUUGAGGUUGAUGAUGAAAAUGAUGAAGAAACCAUGUUACCAGGCAAAGAAGAAUCAAGUUCAGGUAUGCUGAAAACAUUUUCUUGAAAAUAUAAUCCAGAAAAUAUCUUUAUGCAUAGAUGUAUAGACAAAACAGAACGUUUUCAUAGUGUAAUGCAAAGCAUAAAUGUGUGUUGGUAGUUCAUUCUUACACUGUAUCUUGGCUUGACUCUCGAUGUAGUAGUUUGAUUUUUUAUUAUGCUCCCUGUAGUUAUUCCUUCUGUUUGUUACUUGCAGAAAAAAAGAAAUCCAAAGGUAAAAUGAAGAAAAAAGAGGAAAAGAAAGAGGUGUGCACAUUUUGUCAGCCAGAAAAAAAAAAUAUUGAAAAAUCUAAUCAACACCAUUUUUAUGUGGAAUUUGUCUACAUCAUAAUUAUAUACAUGAUAUAUACAGUCCUUGACACCAUCUUGGAAAGUGGGCAGAUGUAUGGUUGGAUCUUAUGUUGUUGAAAUUUCUGUUAUAUGUAGUCAUAUCAUUCACUGUAAUUUAACUAUUAUUCUUUCUUGUCACUAACUAUACCUUUAGGUAUUUCUCCCUGGUGAUGAGAUGGAGGAAGGAGAUGAACUUACUUACGACAAAUCUGCAUAUGAAAUGUACCAUGCUGUAAGUACUCAUGUAAACUAAUAGGAAAUUAUGAAUGGUUAGUUAAUUUUUACAUUGAGCACCUUAAGUAGUUGAUGAAAUAAUCACUCAAAUUGUUUGUUUAAAUCAUUAAUUAAAAAAGAAAUAAUAAAUGUGCCAAAUGCAAACCUAAACUGCUUGUAGAUGAUUCAUUGUUUUAGUUAGUGAAGUCUCCUCGAGCUCUAUUCUAGACCAAACCUUUGUAUACUCUGACCCAAACUACAUAAUUAUGCACAUCUGUAAAGUGCUUGAAAUCCCUUCCCUCCAUGGUGACAAAUACCUUAAUAUAGCAGUAUCUAUAUAGCUAUACCCUAUGUAGCUAAGAUGUGUUGAAAAAAAUGUUUAACAUACCAACUAUACGUGUGCAACUUCACUGUAAUUUCUUAUUUGCUGUUCAUGAGUAACUGAAACAUCUUUUUUUAUGUUUUCAUGUAAUUUUCUCAAGGCCCAAACUAAUGCUCCAUGUCUAAGUUUUGAUGUCAUUCCAGACAACCUUGGAGACUCAAGAACAGAGGUAAGGAAUAUUGCAACCUUACAGACCAUAAAAAGAAAAUAAUUUACUGUUCAGCAGGAACAAACUGUGAGAAUGGUUUAGGCCAUUUUUUACCAUUAUUCUAUUAAAAGAGAGGUCAGAGUGACCUUUUUACUUACAUGAUAGUCCAUCCCAAGUGCAUUUUGCAAAUAUUUUUGCCCGGAUUUGGGAUUCAAAGUGAAAUUGCAGCAGAUUGCGGGUUUAUCCAUUUUUGGGGCCCAGGUUUUUAACUUUGCUUGUAGCAAAAUAUUUUUGCCUGGAUUUCAGAUUCAGAGCGAACUUUUAAUGGCAGAUAUGGUUAAUCAAUCAUGAUGGAUCGGUGGAUUUUCAUACCCUUAUUCACCCCCCUCCUUAAGGUAUUUUCCUAAGAAAAAGAACCUGUCAUAGAUUUAUGAUGAUUUUUGAUGGUAGAGUGUUGUAACAAGCCAAGAAUAAUUAUGAUAAACUAUAUUUAACCAACUGCCUCACUUAAGUGGAAGGUGGGUGCAUGGCAUACCCAGGGGCUUCCACUGUGGCCAGUCAGUCCCUAUAUAGAAUACUACCCCCAUGGCUGGCAAAUCCCCACAACCAAGCCAUGGAAAAAUAAGGGAUGGGAGGGGGGGAAGAAGCUAAAGAACCACUCCACAGACAGCUGCACAAACCCUAAACGAAGAACUCAAAGAUCCUAGCACUGUACAAAGCUACCUGCACGUGCCAUGUGAGCCUGCACUUAUGGGAUUGACCACUGGAUGCCCGCCAAGCUCGUGGACUGCCUGACCGCUAAGCCUGUGGACUGCUUGACCGCUAAGCUCGUGGACCGCUUAACUGCUAAGCUCAUGAACCACUUGACUGCUAAUAUAAGCUUGUGAACUGCUUGACCAUUAAGCUCAUGGUGGUUAACUUAGUUAAAUUGCAUUUAGCCAGGUUAAAAAGAGACGGUUUAUGUCCUUGUUUCCAUAGUAAAAUGCCAUUGAAUAUGGCUAGAUAGUCACCUUAAAAUCACUAUGAUUGUGCUGUACUUUCAUUUGAGUGGUCUAAUUCUACCCUCCAAAAGGUGUCUCUGGAGCUUUGAUCUCUCAGCAAAAUAAUUCUCUUUGCUAAUCUUAGUGAAUAAUUCAUUACAACUACAACAGGCCAUUUAGUGGGUUUUUGCACACUUAAGCUGUUGAACAUAAUGGAGAUCACCCGUAGGGUAGGAGACACUCUUUAUAAUGGUCCAUAUAAGGAAACUACGGGUCAGAAACACCUACUUUUUUCAGGCUUAUGAAAGGGUAGGGAAAACAGUCUUUUUAGUCUGUAAAAGGACAGAAGGACCUAAAAGGGCUAAUAGACCCAUUUUGUGGCUGUGAAAAUGACAACAAAUUUCCUGGUUUAGUGAUUUUUUCAUAUUAAAGAGAUGGUGCAUUUACAGCAGUUAAGAUGCAGUGUUCUAAACUAGCCAUGUGAAAGAGAUACUAUUUGUCAAUACUGUUCAACCUCCCAUGAGCCACUACCCAAAAUGAAAAGAUUCAGCGUUUGCUUUUCUUUAUUUGGGAGGUGAUCACUAAGAAGAAUCUAGGUAGGCACAGGGUCCCAGUGCAUCUACUUUUUGGCAGGGAAUUCAUUGCAUGCAAUCUGAAAAUUGCAUAAUUUAUGUGUGUAAUUCCAUGUUGCUACUGAAAGUUCUUCAUAACUCUGAGAGGCAUGGCUGAGAGGCAUAGUACAGCUGCUGUACGUACAACAAACAAAGAGACCAAACCGUGUGUCAAGUGGUCACUUACAAGAGGUUAUAAAAAUGGAAACCUAUAAAAGUGGGGGUGGCGAAUGGUUCUUCAAAAACUCUGGGUCUCGCAAAAUUUUAGUCGAAUUUCACGGGUCUCGCAGUCUCGUUUUUUGAGCGGUUAUGUGCGUCUCGCAGUCUCGUUUUUUAUACGAAGGUGUCUUGGAGUCUCGAUUUUUGAAAUAUCAUAGGGGUUGACAAGCCUGACUCACGCUUUCCACCCACGUGUUUUAGCCUUUAAAUCUCAGAGUUUAGCUUUUACGAGUAUAUGUUUCAGAGACCUUCCUCGUUUGUAUGAUAUAAUUGGAGGUUCUUUGUAGAUCUGUCUAAGAAGAGGUUGUUUCUCUAUCAGUUGCCAGUGUUUCAUAAGAAUGUCUUUAAGGCUGGAAACUGAUGGCGUAUACUGCGUGACAAAGGGCAAAAUGGCUGUUUCUCUUGAUGGUUUUUGUCGGAGUGCUACUUUCCUGUUCUCAAAGUGUAUUUCAGAGAGAGUUAGAGUUAUUAAGUUUCGUGGAUAUCCUCUCUCUCUAAGGUGCUUUUGGAAUUCUUUUAGUCGGUUUUGAAAGUUUUCUUUUGAGGAAUUUGUUCUGAGAAACCGGAGGGCUUCGCCUUUUAUAAAGCCCUUCUUGACCCCUAAUGGGUGGCAAGACGUGAAAUGUGUAUAUUGGAAAGUUUCAGUAGGUUUAAAAUGCGUUCGUACAUUGAGAAUUGACGUACUGUUAAACCGUUUGCCUCUGUACACAAUUGUAUCCAGAAAUGUGACUUUUUCCUCAGAGAUUUCUGCUGUGAAUUUAAUAGUGGCGUGGUGAUUAUUUGCUUGUUCAUUGAAGUGUGUUAUUUGUUCUCUUCCGGUACCCCAGAGAGAGAAGAUGUCGUCUAUAUAUCUUUUCCAACAGAUAGGCUUUAUUGCACAUUAGCUCACAUUGUAGUUUUAAUAUUUUGACCUAUUUUGAGCAAAGAGACCCAGCUAAAACCACCAUCAAUGCAACUUACAGCCUAUGCCUUUCAUAAUUAGCUAUAGUACUGUAGCUUAGCUUAGCUUAUAGUAAUAGAAUCGAACCUGGAUGAAUGAUGAACCGUGGGACCUAACUGGUUAAGCAUGGCGUGGUUGUUUUCUCUAAUCCGGGAUUGAAGUUCUACUGAUAGAGUAAGACGAAUUGUCGGCACAUUGAUAAAUACAAACAUUAAUAGAGUACUUACGUGAUUCGUGCUUUCGUUUCCGCUGAGAAGAAGACAACUUUUCCUCCAUUUCCGUUUCCUCCAUGGUUUUAACGCAUGAACGUUUCCACUCAACUAGCUUCAACUGAGUUCAAACACAGCGCGCAUUCUUUUUGACGACUUCCAGACAAAUGUAAGUGACAGCACGUCAGUCACAAAAAAAAUCAAAGGCAAACGACCAAGUGUAACCUCCUGACCGGAAAUUAGGUCAUGGCCAGGAAAAUAAUAGAGUUUAUUUACUGUUGACAGGUUUACAACAAAAGCCUCCUUCGUAAGACUUUUGUACAAGCUAAUUCUAGCUCAUUGUCAUAUCUUCUCAUAGCUCUGAACCAAAUCUGGGGCUCGAAUUUUAAGAGUCUAAACGUCUCGCGCUCGCACUCAAAACACUUUGAAGUCUCGGUCUCGCAAUCUAAAAAGUCAAAAUGUCUCGGGCUCGCAAAGAAAAACGCUAGUCUCACCGUCUCGCAAAGUCUCGCAUUUACCAUUUGCCACCCGUAAAAGUCCUAGCCCCAAAAAUGCUCAUGGUGGCUUAUGAGAGAUUCUUAUUUUACAAGAGGUUUUAACCGUAGGGCUUCAACUGGGAAAAUAUUUUAGUGUUUUGGAUGGAUGGUGGCUUACAAGAGGUCGGGUCACACUUAAAUCAUAGAGGUUUAUCUAUAGAAGGUAUAUGAAAUGGGUACCUUUUUUUGUCAAAAAUGGUAUAAAAGGGUAAGGGGUUGGACUCCAGGGUAGAGCUCCCCUGUAUAAAACUUUGUUGAGUGCCCUCCCCCCUCCCUCAGGCAUAUCGCGUAAUACAGCAAAAUGAGCCCAAAACUUCUUUUACUUAUAUUCAUUACUGUUUCUGCAUUAUAGUAAAAUUCUCCUGAUUCUUACAGACUAAGGGACUGCAUGAUCAUAUAAUUUUAUUCUUAAAGCCUUUUGGGGUUGCAUUUUCUUUCGUGGUCCUUAGCUUUCCGGUGGUUAAUAAUAGUUAUUGAAUUCAUUUCUUUUUUUUUUAGUUUCCAAUGACAGCGUACAUUGUGGCUGGAACCCAGGCAGCACCAGGAAAACAGAACCAUGUCAUUGUCAUGAAGAUGUCUCAGUUAGACAAAACUAUAUCAAAUGAUGAAGAUAGUAAGUCAAACCUUAUGACGUUGUACACUUUACAAGUGUGUGAUUUAAUUUAGCUUGAAUCAGUGAGUUCUUUAAGUCUUGGGCAGCGCGCGUUUCCAUCACCACCACCAUCUCCGCCACUUUUGUAAGGGUGAGAUAAAAAUUUGAAAGAUUGCUUGCCCUUUCACGAGCUGUUGCUCAAGUUAUGAUAAUUACUAGCCUGGAACACUUACAUACAGGCUUACCAACCCUUUCUUUCACUUACUAAUAGUUUGUUUAACUCUGUAAAUCUUUCUUGACUGUCAUAGAUAACUUUUACUGAAUUUAUGCUAGCUUGACAGGUCACUCAAUGAGUCCUAGGAUUUUGUUGUACCCUGUAUCAUCAGCACCAUUACGUACCAUUGUUAUAAUCAUCAUUAUUACCAUAGUCAGGUCUCUUAAGGCCAGGAUCGUUACAGAGUUGACAAAAGCACCAAACUUUGCACAGCGAUAACUUAUU